GCCACGGUCCUCCUCCUCCUCCUCCUUCCCUCUCCCCUUCGUGCUCAGAUUUUUGAAAGCUGCUCCUUUGCUUGUUCGAGCCCAGCUCUGCCUUGUCACCCAAUUUGGAGAGCAGGUGGGUGAGUCUUUAGCAAAUGCGGGGUGGCCGAACGACGUCGCUUUGAAUAAAACCUGUCGAGAAUUUGUCGAAAUAAAUGAACAGCCGCCGAAGAAACGAGGACCUGCGGCUGACUGGACUGUUUUGUCGAAAGGGAUUGCAGCAUUGCCAGGUCCUGCAGGCUUCAUUUAAGUAAGGUAUGGAGACCAGGCGUUGAAAAUGUGAGCCUGGUUGGAAGAUAAUUUGAUGCUGGCAUCAAAUUCUGGAGCAGAUGAGGCACUGCUUGGGAGAGCAAGAAAGAAGGUUCGAGUUGUUUGAGGCAGUGGAGACCUUUGAAGAGCUGAGACCAGUGAAGCUUAAUAACUUAAAACUGAUUAUUUCUGGAUGGUUUUAUUUUAAAGGAAUAUAUUUCUGUUUUCUUUGCAUUUUCUUUUUUACCUGAUGUGUUUCUUGAGCUUAUAUGCUGGAUUUUUAAAAUUGUUAUGUGAGCAUUAGAGAUAAAUUAUUUGCAAAAAGAUUCUGCCGUUGAAAUCAGAAAGUCUUAUAUCUGAAUGGACAGUGAUAGGAAUGAGUACAUGAACCUCACUGCCAUGUUGUUUCUGAUAUUUUAUUCCAGUGAUGGCACUGACUGAGCAGGGGGAAUAUACCUAUAGAUACAAAGACCUCUCUCAUCCUAUAGAGUUUUUGGAUGCGUUCAGGACGUUCUAUCUUGAAGGGUUAUUCACUGAUAUUACCCUUCAGUGUGCACCGGGUGUGCUAUUCCAUUGCCAUAAGGCUGUACUAGCUGCUUGUAGCAACUAUUUCAAAGCCAUGUUUACCUCUGACAUGAAAGAAAAGUCAAAGGAUCAGAUUCAUCUUUCUUUGUUCAGUCCUAUAAUACUGGAAUCCCUGGUGAUGUACACGUACACAUCAGAGAUCCAGAUAACAAAACAAAAUGUUCAAAGCCUCCUUCAAGCUGCUGAUCAUCUUCAGUUUACUUCCGUCAAAAAAGCCUGUGAGCAGUUUCUCAUCAGACAUUUAGACCUUGACAACUGUUUAGGGAUGCACUCGUUUGCAGAAUUCCAUGUCUGUUCGGAGCUGGAGAAGGAAUCCAGAAGGAUAAUAUUGUCCAGAUUUGAAGAAGUGUGGAGACGGGAAGAAUUUCUAGAGAUUAGCAACAAGAAACUCCAGUUCAUUCUCUCCAGAAAGAAUCUUGAUAUAUGGAAAGAAGAAGCAAUGAUAGAGCCCAUUGCCAAAUGGAUUGCCUAUGAGGUGGACAGCAGGAUUGAACACAUUUAUGAUCUGUUGAGGUGCCUUGAAAUUGAUUUUGAUGAAAUGUACUUGAAAUCAGCCCUCAGCUUGUACAAGACAUGCCAGUUAAAGGAAAAUAAAAUCAGAUCUCUAAUACGUAGCGUAUUGGGCUCCAAGCCAAGAGCAGUUACAAAAAGAUCUACCACUAUUAUGUAUGUGAUUGGGGGCUAUUACUGGCACCCUUUGUCUGAAGUCCACAUAUGGGAUUCAGUAAACAAUGUUUGGGUCCAGGGAACAGAUAUGCCAGAUCACACACGAGAAAGCUAUGCAAUCACAAGCCUGGGACCCAAUGUUUACGUGACUGGAGGUUACAGAACAGACAAUAUAGAAGCCCUUGAUUUAAUGUGGAUAUACAAUUUUGAAACCGAUGAAUGGACUGAAGGCUGUCCCAUGCUUAAUGCAAAAUACUACCAUUGCGCAGUUACCUUAAGUGGCUGUAUCUACACUCUGGGAGGUUAUCGAAAAGGGGCUCCAGCUGAAGAAGCGGAAUUCUAUGAUCCUUUAAGAAAGAAAUGGUUCCCAAUUGCAAACAUGAUUAAAGGUGUUGGAAAUGCCACUGCCUGCGUCCUGAAUGAAGUCAUCUAUGUCACCGGAGGCCAUUACGGUUAUCGGGGAAGCUGCACUUACGAUAAAAUUCAAACAUAUAAUUCAGAUAUUGAUGAAUGGAGUAUAAUCACCACAAGUUCGUACCCAGAGUAUGGAUUAUGUUCCAUUGCAUUGGAAAACAAGUUGUAUCUUGUGGGCGGUCAGACAACAAUCACAGAUUGUUACGAUCCUGAGCAAAAUGUGUGGACUCAAAAGGCUGAUAUGAUAGAAAGAAGGAUGGAAGGCAGCGCAGUCGUCAUGAAUGGAUGUAUCUAUGUGACAGGAGGCUAUUCCUCUUCCAGAGGUUCUUACCUGCAGAACAUUGAGAAAUAUGAUCCUGAAAGUAAUAAAUGGGAAAUUGUGGGGAAUCUUCCUAGUGCUAUGCGUUCCCAUGGUUGUGUAUGCAUAUACACUCUGUAUGAUGAGGAAAAUGUCACUUCUGAGACUGGAACUACAACAUAAGCCACCACGUACCACAAGAAUUUGCCUUCAGGAAACAAAAAUGUCUUUCAGUAGCUCAGCAGUUACAGAUUAGAAGAUAACUAACAUCAGAGUUCAAUUUAAUUAAUAUUACUAAUUCACUCUACAAGUGACUCAUAUAUUACAACGAUUAUGUGUCAGAUUCUAAACUCCUAAAUGUUUAUCGCUGUCUUUGUCAUCAAAGGGGACUCAAGGUGGCUUACAAUCAAUCAAUGAAACACCAAUAUAAAAGAUCAAAACAAUAAAUAGUAACAUUAAAUUUGAUUUAAAAUUGACGAAGAGGUGGCGCAAGAUGCACAUUAACCAACUCUGGAUUGACAUGCCCCCAUUGGGGCCUCAAGCCAGUUGGCAGAGCCAUGUCUUCAGGUUCUUUCAGAAGGCCAAAAUGCUGGGCCGAAUCUCACCUUGAGGGGCAUGAUGUUCCAGGGUUUAUCCUUUCUGAGGAAAAGCUGCUAUUGUUUUUUGUUUUUUUUACUGCAGCUCAGUACCUUUUUUUUUUUGCAGAAACACACCCGUUCUCAACCCGAUUCUUUCUGGGUGUGACGAACACAACAUCUAUAAUUUCUGCCCUGUGGCUGUGGGUGUUUAAAGUACAUCACUCUUGGAUGGCAUCUACUUAGGAAUGGCUAGUCUACCCUAAUUAACUCUAUGCAACCCUGCUCAAUUUCAACUCAGAACGAUAACAUACAUUUUAAAAAUAAUUUUUUCUCCAAGAAACACAUAAGUAAUUGCCCCAUUCUUGAGUUACAUUAAAUCCUGUGAAGUUCUGAUAUUACAAGUUAUGUGAUGAAAGAGAUAUGGAUUGAUUUUAUUUUCCUGUGAUUGUAUACCAAUGCUAAGGAGCACUAAAGAAGAACACGAAGAGGGGAACUGGCUUCUUUUGUUGCUUUAAAUAUAGAUGUGAAGAUAUACAAUAUACACAGUUCCUUGUGAACAUUUUGCCUUAUCUUGCCUCUUAACCUUAAGGGAGAUAAGUAGUAAUUAUCUACUUGUUUCCCCCCCAACCGCCAAUUAGUUAUUAUGCUAAAUCUCAGCCAAUGUAGAUUUUACUGGUUAUUUUACUGAGGUUUUCACAUGCUUGUGUUAUUUAGGAUGAGACUUCAAUAGUAAGAUGGGGGCAAAUUAUUCUACCCCCUUUUUAUGCCAAUUUUAUCCUCCUGAGGAUAUAGGAAAUGUUUUUUUCUGACAUGUUAUUUUAAGGGUCGCACCUUCAGCUAGAAAGGCCUAUUAUUGGUCCAAAUGGCAAGAUAUUUAUUUAUUAUUUAUUUAUUUAACAAAUGUAUAUAACUAACUGCCCAACUCACACAUGGGUAACUCCAAGCAGCUUACAACACCACCAUCAAAUCAAGCACUUGAUCUACUAAAUCUCCUUUGGUGGUCCCCAGGUUCCCCAGGGAAAAUACAACCAUGUUUUCAGGGUGGGGGCCAACCAUGCCUUGAGGGGAAAUGAUAUUCUGUAACUUAGAUAUGGAAAUCCUAAAUGGUUCUAUAUGAAGUGACCAUUUAAGAGAAUAACAUAUUGUUCCAAGAUGUGGUGGAAUUGUGGGCUGAAAGGGAGGACAUCCCCCCACCAUACACAUAUGCACUACGGGAAGUUCAGAGAGGAAAUAUCUGAGACCAAACCUUUAGUCUACACCGCCUUUUCCCAAGGGAAGCCAGACAGUCUGGUGUAAUUCUUGUAAUAUAGGAGGUCAGCAGUAAACUACCGGUAUAUACCUUGGCCUUCUCACAAGUGGUUUUGGUUGCUUGCACUUGACAAGGUGCAGCGCUCAUAAAAUAUAGUUAUAUUUAAUAACUUCGGCCAAAAUAAAUUUGUAGAGUUUGAGGUAUGCUUCAGGAUGGAUAAUGAUAUUGUCUAUUGUUUUAGUUCUAAAAGUAGGGUACCUAGAAGUGUGCCAUAGUAUAUAAUUACUGAAUGGUAGGAAAAUUGAAUGCAUGCCACAGAAAACUAGCGGGGUAGAACUUGAUUGGCUCUUUACGGGAUCUUUAAACCUGAGGCACUGCAAAGUUUGUGCUCUUCAAUUAUUGAUAAUAUAGGUAGUCCUCAAGUUACGACCACAAUUGAGCCCCAAAUUUCUGUUGUUAAGACAUUUGUUAAAUACAUUGUGCCCCAUUUUACGACCUUCUUGCCAAAGUUGUUAAGUGAAUCACUGCAGGUGAUAAAUUAGUAACCCGGUUGUUAAUCUGGCUUCCCCAUUGACUUUGCUUAUCAAAAGGUUGCAAAAGGUGAUCACAUGAUCUUGGGUCACAAAUAGUCAUAAGUAUGAAUCAAUUGCCAAGCAUGUGAAUUUUGAUCACAUGAGCAUGGGGAUGCUUCAGAGGUCGUAAGUGUGAAAAAUGGUCUUAAGUCACUUUUUUCAGGGCCGUUGUGACUUUGCAUGGUCAAUAAAUCAACUGCUGUAAAUUGAGGACUACCUGUUAUCCCAAUAUUUAAUAGAAAAGUAAUUCCCCAGCUAGGAACGUGGUGGCUCAGUGGCUAAUAGUAAGACUAACCGCUGAGCAGUUCCAGUGGUUCGAAUCCCUAGUGCUGCGUAACAGGGUGAGCUCCUGUUACUUGUCCAGCUUCUGCUAACCUAGCAGUUCGAAAGCACGUAAAACAUGCAAGUAGAAAAAUAGGAACCACCUUUGGUGGGAAGGUAAUAGCGUUCCAUGUGCCUUUGGCAUUUAGUCAUGCCGGCCACAUGACCAUGGAGAUGUCUUCGGACAGUGCUGGCUCUUUGGCUUUGAAACGGAGAUGAGCACCAUCCCCUAGAGUCGGGAACGACUAGCACAUAUGUGCGAAGGUUUGUAUCCCGCCCUUCUCCGAAGACUCAGGGCGGCUUACACUAUGUUAAGCAAUAAUAAUAAUAAUAAUAAUAAUAAUAAUAAUAAUAAUAAUAAUAAUAAUAAUAAUAAUAAUAAUAAUAAUAAUAAUAUUUUAUUUCCCCAGCUAUUAUAUGGGGCAGAACUCUACAACCGCAAAGAUUAUCACCCUUUGGAAUUAAUUCAAACUCAGUUGUUGCAUGCUGUUUUGGGAAUGCCUAGGGGUACCUGCAAUGUUGCUGUAUGAUCAGGAUUGGGAUUGUUAACAAUGGAGACUCAGGUUUAGUUAGUGAAAAUUACAUACAGUACUACCUCAGAUUGAAGUAUCAACUCUCUGGCCUUAUCCUUCUGAUUCUUCAAGUUGGUUAUAUGAUGCGGGGCAGAAGAUGGUUAGUAUAGGGCAAGCCUACACUUACCCACUUUUACUACUGUCAGACUUUUGGAAGCAAGGAAAACUGUGUAACAGGACCUAUGGGACAUUGCUGUCCAGACUGACAGACUUAUAAAAAGGUCAUUAAUCAUUGGCAAUUUAGAGAAGCUGAUAAUUUGGCAAACUGUCUAUGUUGAGUUGCUCAUGCCAAACAGAGGUGUGUUUUGAUGUCAUGCCCUCAGCAGUUUACAGGACCAAUACACAGGUCUUCCUUUUUCAGAAUGUCUUUCUUCAGGGAGUCUGAAGAAAUGGGAUCAGUUAACCAUCUCCUAAUAUUCUACUUUUAUUACAGGUAGGCACAUUAGACACGUGUUAUGCUGAUUGUUGUAUAUUAUCUGCCUCCUUUGCUACUGACUGAUACAAACAAUGAAAUGUUAUAUAGUUGCAAAAUUUUGCUGCCUUACUUUUUACACAAGAAGAUGUUAGGGGUUUAAUUUGUACUAAGGAUGUUUAUUUGUUUUAAUUUGUAUUUUGUACAGUACAGUACAGUACAAUUUGAAUUGAUCUUUGAUUGUAAUAA